AUGCAGGUGAAUGACAAGACAGGCGACGUGAAGACUAAAUUAGGUGAAUUCGGGAAGUACGUCCAACGUAAUCAAGGUGACACGCUGGAGGAGCAGUUAACGAAGUGGAACGCUAUCGUGUCAGGCAUCUCACAUAAAUUAGAAACUAUUGACACUAAAGUUAAUUUGUUAGAUAGCACACUUAAGUCACAAAUAACGCACAAAGUAGAGCCGAUUAAAGCAUCGGUUAGGACCUAUGUCGACGCUGCUAGCAAUGAUGCCUUAGCGUGGCAGGUGAAAGUAGUCGAUGGAUUGUUGGUGAAUCAACGAGAAUAUCUUGAGAGAGAGAUUGAACAACAUUAUCUCGUCGUUAAAAAAACGUUUGAGGAGGCGUUGUGGAAUAUUCGUGUAGGUGUCAAUUCAUUGGAAGAUAAAAGGAAAGAACAGAUUAGCCAUUUGAACAAGGCAGUCGGGGAUGCCCAGCAAUAUGUCAAUAAGGAUCUGGGAGUUAGCGUUGGGAGUACUCGAAAUCAGAUAUAUGAGAAGUUUGAUGAGAUCAAAAAACAGGUCAAUAACGUUUAUGUUAGAUUAGUGCACAAAAAGGGAGAGCUUGACAAGCUGGUGGAUCAGGCUAAGACGGAGUUUGCGACUUUGAAAAGAACGGUAGGAAAGAUGGAGGAUAAGGGAAAUGAUACGAUAAAUGGCCAUUUGGCGCUGCUUAUAGAAGAGAUAGAGAAGCUUGUUGAUGGCUUGACGAAUAAAAAAAAGGCCACGACACCGGGAAAUCUUCACAAUAUUGUUCAGAACGUGAGUGAUUGUGCUGGCAAGUUCACUAAGUCGAAUUUUGAAAAUAGAGUUUUGGAUGUGUGGAUAGAUGGGAUUUGGGCACUGAACCGGUAA